UCCGAGAGGAACAUCUUCUUCCUGAGUGUAGCUCUGUGAUGGAGUGGGAGGAGUCAGAGCCCGCCUACAUUAAAGAGGAGGAGUCAGAGCCCGCCCACAUUAAAGUGGAGGAGUCAGAGCCCUUCCACACUAAAGAGGAGGAGUCAGAGCCCUUCCACACUAAAGAGGAGGAGUCAGAGCCCUUCCACACUAAAGAGGAGGAGUCAGAGCCCUUCCACACUAAAGAGGAGGAGUCAGAGCCCUUCCACACUAAAGAGGAGGAGUCAGAGCCCGCCCACAUUAAAGAGGAAGAGGAGGAGCACAGCAUCAGUCAGGAGGCGAGUGUCCCUGUGAAGAGUGAAGAUGAAGAUGAAGAAGAAGGAGACGAGAUGUCAGACAGCGAGGACAGAACAUCACUUUCUGACGACGAAGACCCUCAAAGUCACGUCAACAACACCCGCUUGAAGUGCUCUCAGUGUGACAAAACCUUUAGUUGCAAGAAGUACCUGCGAGGACACCUGAGGAUCCACACCAGGGAGAAACCCUUCAGCUGCUCCUUCUGCGGCAAGAGAUUCAAACUGAAGGAACACGUCACCAGCCACAUGAGGAACCACGUCGCGGAGAAACCCUUUUCCUGCGCCGUGUGCAAGACCAGCUUCAGCGUGCCCUCCGCGUUGGCCAUGCACAUGAGGACGCACACGGGGGAGAAACCCUACAGCUGCCCGGCGUGCGGGGAGAAAUUCUCCCAAAAGGGGAACCUGAAGAGACACUCCAGGAUGCACUCGGGGGAGAAACUCUUCGACUGCUCCGUGUGCGGGAGACACUUCUCUCAGAAGGGCCACUUGAUGUCGCACGCGCGGACGCACACCGGCGAGAAACCCUUUUCCUGCUCCGUGUGCAGCACACGUUUCAACGUCAGGUCGGCGCUGGACUCUUGUGGUGGCAGUGCGUCAAAGAAAAUGAAAGCAAAGUGAAAGUGUUGUUGCACUUCAAGGAUUAAGAAGAUAUCUACUCUAAGCAGCAUAGUGGUCUCAUUAUUGACACUCUAGGUCUUCCCCUCCCUUGCCACGCCCCUUCCUGUGUGCAAGCCACGCCCCUUCCUGUGUGCAAGAAU